AGCUUGACUACGGGAGAGAACCGCACACAGCCACUUAAAGGAAAAGACAACAUUAGGAAACAAAUGGGAAAGAAACGCGCUACUUUCAAAAGAAAUUGCUGAAAUGCUGUGGAAGUGAUUUGAAUGCAUCGACAAAACGAGAAGAUACGGAAUACGUUUGUAUGGAGUAACUGUUUGCGUUGUCUAUAUAACGAGCUUUUGGGCUAACAGGCUAGCACAGUUGUCGCUAAAACAUGGUGGGCGGACACUGAGCGAGGAAAAAAAACCACUAGACGCGCUCAAAUAUUUGUGGAUAAUGCUAGGGAAUUAAUUCGUUUGCUGUAAUUACUGCUCAUAGGGAAUUGUGUGGACUUGGAAAUUGCUUCUUGGUUUUCUUUUCUUGGAGGAAAACUCUCGCGCACGACCUUUGAAAGUUUCGCGUUCUGACGUUUCGCGCAAGUUAACCAUCCAUCAGGCUCCGCCAGAAAAGAUGAUUGAUGUAUUGCGUACUUGACCGAGAAUGCACAAGAAACGAAGAGUUUCUCACCAUAAGCGCAACUCUUGCGGCAAAGUUACCCGAUUCAGAGCAUCACGCCCUCAUCCAUUCAUUUAACAGCAUUCGCUCGUGAAAACAAUGCUCAGUUUAGGCUGCAGGAACUGAACUGGAAUAUUGGAAACCGUAUCAUGGAUUAUAUGGAAUACAUCUGUGUCUAAUUAAUGGCACUUUCCUUAUGCGUUAGGUUUAAAUUUGGACUAGUCCAUGAAAAGCAACACAUGGUUUGCUUUCAACUCAAUUUAGAAGACUUACAGAGAAAAUUACAUGGAGACUAGUUGGUCAUGCCAAGGAAGGAGUUACCAUUGCCAGAGGGUUGGGAAGAGGCCCGAGAUUUUGACGGGAAGGUCUAUUAUAUAGACCAUAUUAACUACACCACCAGUUGGAUUGACCCAAGGGAUAGGCAGACUAAGCCUCUGACUUUUGCAGACUGUAUUGGAGAUGAGCUGCCUGUGGGAUGGGAGGAGGCCUACGACCCCCACGUUGGAGCCUAUUAUGUCGACCACAAUACCAAGAGCACCCACUUGGAGGAUCCGCGGGCUCAGUGGCAGCGGGAGCAGGAGCUCAUGUUGCGGGAUUAUCUGAACGUGGUUCAGGAAGCAUUGAGUGCCCAAAAGGAGAUCUACCAGGUCAAAGAACAGCGACUUCACCUGGCCCAGCAGGAAUAUCGGCAGCUAAAUGAUGCUUGGCGGGACAAGUCGUCCUCACAGACUAGCUUAAAUUCCAGGUCCUCAUCAAGCAGUAAAUAUGACCCUGAGAUCCUCAAAGCGGAGAUUGUUACAGCAAAAAGCCGGGUAAAUAAGCUGAAGAGAGAUUUGGCCUGUAUGAGGCAAGAACUCCUUUAUAAGGAGCAAGGCUUUGAGACGUUGAAAGAAAUCGAUUACAAAGUGUCCAGUGCCUCGCAUGGCUACAAACUACAUGAAGCCCAGGCCAUCCUGAAGGAGGUGAAGACCAUUAAAGAUGCCAUCAGCUCUGGGGAGAAGGAGAAACAGGAGCUCAUGCAGAAACUGGCUGUGCUGAAGGAUGGUUUCCAGUUAGAUUAUGGCUCUCAGUCUGACCUGUGGGCCAGCAAUCUGUCCUUGGCCAACUCAAACCUCUCUCUGCCCCGCCACUACUCAGACGCCGAGUCUCAAACAGAUGUACCUGCCGAGUUUGUAUCAAACUCAAAUAAACUGGCUGAGAAGGUACGACUGAGCCUGAAAUAUGAGGAGGCAAAAAGAAGGAUUGCAAAUAUUGAGGUCCAGAUUGCCAAGCUGGAUAGCGAGGCGUGGCCAGGCCUUCUGGACCCGGAGAGAGAUCGCCUGAUCCUCAUCAAUGAGAAGGAAGAGCUGCUAAAGGAACUGCAGUAUGUAACACCGUGCAAGCGCGCACCCAGCGAGGCAGAGAAGAUCGAGUCUGAAAAGAAGCGACUCGAGAAGGACCUGCAAGCUGCACGGGACAACCAGAGCAAAGCACUGACCGAGAGGUUAAAACUGCAUUAUAGAAGAAACAAACUAGUGAAGGAGCUGGAAGAGACGGUGAGGUUGGCGUCUUCCCUGCACACCCAGCUGAAAAGUCUGUCAGCCAGCACGCUAUCAUGUUCCUCAGGCAGCAGCCGUGGAUCGUUGACUUCCAGCCGAGGAUCCCUGGCCACCUCCAGCUUGGGCUCCACGUCCUCUCUCAGCUUCACAGACAUCUACCUGGAGCAGCCUGAAUUGGGUGACCCUGACUUUCAGAACAAACUGGACUCUAUAUUGCAGGAGGGAAGUACCUCUGGCUACAGGCCCUCCAGCUCCAUCACCACCAUCCAUGAGAACGAGGUCUCGUCCUCCUCCAGGCAAGUUGGCAGUGGGCCGGGGGUGGGCCAGAGAACCCAAGUACUGCGGCUGUCAGAGACACCUCACUCCAUGAGCUCACUGUCCCCACGUUCCUCGCUUUCUUCCCUCUCUCCUCCUUGCUCACCCCUUGUUACUGAUGCUUCCUUCCUGUCGGGAGAGGCCUUCUCCGGUCCAGCCUCACAGUUGGAUUUAGAUCUGCAAACCAGGCUAAUGGAACUACGGUUAGAAGAGGACCACCAACAGGGUGCAGUGGAGUCUUUGAAAGAUGCUGUUACGCAAACGAGGAUGUCUGGGCCAGGAUCGAAGAAGGCAGGAGUAACGUCAGCAGUGUCUGACGAAUCAGUAGCAGGCGAUAGCGGGGUAUAUGAGCCCUCAGAGAAGAGGUCGGGACUUCCUGUUGAGCAACAGCUGGGUUAUGAUGACGGGAGCUCAGCAAGUAGUUCUCAGAUCAAACUCGGCCUGAAGUAUGAAGCGAAAGACAAGAAGUUCACAGUGUUCGUAAUGCAGCUCUCCAACUAUAGCGCACUCUCCCUGCCAGCCAACCAGAACAUAUAUGUCCGUGUGGUGGUACUGCCAUGCUCAGAGCCCGUUCGCUGCCUGUUCCGCACCCACGGGUCUCUGCUGCAGGAACCCUUAGAGUUUAAGGAAGCGUUUAGCCUCCAGAUGUCCUCCGCUGCUCUCAGACAGAAGACUCUACGCAUUGAUGUCUGUACCACCAGCAAGUCUGGUCGAGAGGACUGUCUAGCUGGUGCUCAGAUCAGUUUGGCUGAUGAAGAGUAUUCAGAGGAGUUGUGCACCAAGUGGUACAACCUCCUCAAUUGCACAUACAUGCCAGUGGAUGGAAAUCACAAGGAAACAGAGGUCUCUGUUCAGCAGCAGCUGACUCCAGCUCCCAGCACCUCAGAGAGUACUGUUGCACGCCUGGAGAAUGCUCCUCUGGAGGACUGCACCGCAGAGGCUUUGGAUGGUGACGUGUUUGUGGAUGAAGAAGGUAGUGAUGGUGAGGAGGAUGAGGAGUUCUACCCCGACGACUGCCAGUGGGAACAGGCGGAAGAGCCAGUUAAACCUGGACCAACAGCUGUCAUAACGGAAAAGGUGAAUAAAGAGACAAGUGUGGAUGGUCUCCUGCAUUCUGCUUCUGUAGUUCGGCCCAAGGAGCGGCGACAUGAUGUCCAUCAGCGAAACCCUUUUAUGCGAGGAAACACCAUCAUCCGGUCCAAGACAUUUUCCCCUGGACCUCAGAGCCAGUAUAUCUGCAGGAUCAACCGCAGCGACAGUGACAGCUCCACCCUGUCUAAGAAAUCUCCCUUCGUCCGGAACGCCUCAGAGAGACGCAGUGUUCGAAUGAAGAAGCCGCAGAUGCAGGUCAAAGGUCUGGACGGGCUCCUACGCACCUCUCUGGAUCUGGAGCUGGACUUGCAGGUCACUCGCACACGGCACAGCCGACUGCACGAGGAACUGCGUGUGCUGCGGGAGCUAAAGGAGCAGUUAGAGAGCACCCGGCAUCAGGGCCAGCAUGUCCUUCCCACAUGGGUACAGGAGGACGAGCGCUUCCGUCUGCUGCUCAAACAUACAGAGAGACAGACCCAGGAAGAGCAGCUACAGGAACAGAGGGUAGAGAAGAUGAUGCGAGCAGCAGCUAAGGAUGUGCACAAGAUUCGUGGACAGAGCCUUAAAGAGGUUCCUGGGGUCCAGUCCUUUAGAGAGAAGAUGGCCUUCUUCACCAGAGCAAAGAUAAACAUUCCUGACCUACCAGCUGACGACGUGUAGCAGAUAUCCAUCUCAACUGCUGUUUCCAUGGAGACAAAACUGACAUCUGGCUGUAUUAUGAAGAAUGGUGUGACGGGAAAAUAUAUGUUGGGCAGGAAAAAUGUCAUUUUAAAACACUGGGUUUUAACUCUCAACUGAAAUUGUAUAGAUCCGUGUUUUUUGUUUGUUUGUUUUUUUAGAUAGAUUUAUUUUUUAAUUUCACCAUGUUCUGUUACUAAUAAGAGUAUGUCGGUAUCUGUACUAGGUAUUUUACUGGUCAUUCAAAAACACCAGUUCGUCUUUGAAACGAGUGUGAAACAUGCUGCUCUGCUAAUAGGGCAGGACUGCUUACUGUAACUCUUGAAGAUGUGAAUACAAAUACUUACGGUACUGCUUUUCAUAGCACAAGGGUUCAGGACAAAAUGAGCGGGCGUAAAUCCUGCUAUUCCAGUCACUUCCCUCUAAAACAAGCACAUCUGUCCACAUUCAUAUUCAACGUAUAUAUAUUUUAUUUUUAUUUUUUUUUGCAAAUUUGUAAACGGUUACAGAUGUUAGCAAGCAUGAAUCUAAAGCAUGAGUUAACUGGACCGGUUAGUAGACUAAAUUGAUUGCUAACAGUUCUCCAUGUUCGUUUUGUUAAUUGCAUAUGCAAACAAAACACACGUUAGUGCAAAUGAUCGUAAAAUGAUGUAGAAACUGCACUUAGUUCCACAGACUCUCAGGUAGAAUAUCAGAUAGUUCAAGCACUUUAAUAGAAAAGGCAUCAAUAUAGAGAAUAAAGCAAAAAAGCACAUUGUGAAAGCUAAGAUCGUACUAUCCCAUAUACUAGCUCUUGUUGCGUCUUUGGAAAACUUUAAGCGUCUUGUUAGGCUUUAACUUCCCAUUCUAGUUCCUACAGUGGCAUGUUCUAAUAGUGUUUCAUUUCUACUGGUUUGGAUCUCUUCUAAUCUAAAAACACCCCUCACAACCGUCUACAGGUUAGCUCCAGACUACAAACUCAGCUUUGUGUGUGACUAAUAACCUACUGUAAUAGUAGCAUAAUUUCCUUUACGUCAAAGCCAAUAUCUUAACAUUUCUCAAGCUUAUUGUAAUUGCUACCUACCAGUACUAGAGGAGUCUUUGGUGUGUUGAAUCUCAAAAAACGUAACAUAUUUCACCCCAUAAACAGCAUAAAAAUAGGAAAUUAUAUUUUGCAUAGGAUUUGCAUAAAAUGAUUUGUAAUGUAAGAUUAUUUAUGAUGACAAUUAAGCACAUUUUCCCUAAAUUCGUAAUACUAUAAUGUGAAGGAAAAACUCAUUGCUUUUAGGCAGUCAAAUGCAUUACUGUAAUGAGAAUAAUUUUUUCUCUAAUUACUGUGACUAUUUUUUGUAAUUAAGAAAAGAGCUAAAUUAAAUACCAUCAUAAUACUAUCAUAAUGUAUAGCAAAUUUGAUCUUUGUUUUUUUACAGUAAUCAGAAAAAUGCCUUUCGGUUGACUAGUACCUGAAAAUAAUUAAAUCAAAAUCCAAAAUCCUUAAUGGCCAUUAAAAGGUGUCAUGUUUGUAAUUUCUUAUUUUUCAUCUUUUGAAUUUGGAGAAAAAUAAGACCUGGACAGUUUUUGUGAGUUUGACCCAUUUAUGAAGAGCAGUGUUGAAAUUUGGAAACGUAUAAUUGUUGCGGCAAGAAAACCUCAACACAUCCAAGGCACUGAAAGCUGUGAAGGCACGCAGUUGAUAAUUCCCAGCUCUCCCUGUAAACACUUAAUAAUGUAUCGCACGCCACUGCAGAGAUCUGUUUGUGCAACAUUUGGAGACUCCUCAGACGGAGGGAGUCACUAGUGAUUUGCAUUAUGUAAAUGAGCACUCCCUCUAUGCUAAUCUAAUAUUGAUUUUCACUAAACUCUUCAUCUACAUACAAAAAAAAUUGGAUUUAACUGAACACUUUGCAUGUAUCUUGAUAAUAGAUGACUAUGAAUGUUACUACCAUGUCAUUAAAACCCCUUUUGAACAAUAGCUUUGCAUCACAGACCAAGAUGUUAGUUUGAAUGUAGCACUUUAAAAAA